AUGGUGCGGUUCUGGCAGAGUUCCAGUACUAAAGGUGUGGCUUUAACUAAGACAACAAAAACCAGCAGUGUUCGCUUCAGGAGAGGCAAGGAUAGCAAGAUUUAGUGCGAAUAGAAGUAGCCUAGUCUUGGUAAAAGUUACCGUGCAUAAUAGUAGAUUUUUUAAUUUGGCCGUUAUAGGGGCAGGUGAGAAAAAGGUAGACUAGAAUUUGAAAACGUUGGUUUGACAGUGUUAUUGGGACAAAUUGAUCACAACACUCGAUUAUGUUGUGUUUACGCCUUGGAUAACGGUUUUGUCUUUCUCUGGCUCUCUUGGUUUGACUAUUGAAAUAAGCGUGACCUUAAGUCUACUUGCGUAGUGCUGUUUGAAACCCAAUUAUGUAUUGCCAAGAAUAUUUUACUCUGCUUACAACAAAAUCUAAGUCAAUAUUGGGAGCAUCAAUAUCCGAUGAACUCUACGAGUUAUAAUCUUAGGCACAAAGAAAAGACAACCACACGUAUCACUUAUAUAUGUAUAUAUAUUAUAUAUAUCAAAAUCAUCUUUAUUCGUUUGCCGGAACAAGCAUGCAAGGUCGCAUCAAGGGAGGCAAGACCGAGGCCGUUGCUCCCAGACCCCCUGAUGCUGCCCGUCGGUGAAAACAAAGGCGAGUUAUCAGCAGUGGCGGAUCCACACCGGAUAAGGAGGGGGGGUCGGUCUGCAAAAAUUUUUCUUUGGUCUAAUAAGGGGGGUCCGGGCCCCCCGAGCCGCUCCCCUAGAUCCGCAACUGAUCAGGUCUAAGGCGAACAGUGAUGUAGCCGAUAACGAAACCAACGCACAUGAUUAGAGGCAAAGUUAAUGCAUUACUAACGGAUGCUACGUAUUAUAUUGCCAUUGGACGGUAUCCAAUACCUCACACAAACGGUUUCUGUUUUUAAUUAGCACUGAUAUUAAGUUGUUUUUCAAAGUGGCUUGAGUAAUAGCUCACGAUCCAAAUGCUUUAGAAGAUGCAGUUUCCAGACGAGUCUAAAAUCAGGUGACAAGUUAGAUGGCGCAAGCGCAUUCAAAACCUCAAACACUAGGAGUAUACAAUUCGGCAAAUCCCAAUGCGCUCUACGAAGGGCAGUGGAACAAUUCGAGCAAGGCAUUGAUUGGUCACGUAGACCUCAACUAGCCCACAACUUUGAAAAAUGCACUGUGUGAGCAAUAGUAAAGAAAGCCACUGAAAAGAGAGUAAGAGACACAGAUCCCGGGGGGAGGCUACUCCUGGGAAUUUUUGGAGGGGGCGUGCGGCCCAGUUCUUCAAAUCCUGACCCUAUUUCAGACCAAAAAAGUCAUUUUCCACACCCGUUUUCAGACCAGACCUCUAAAAUCCAUACCCGUUUUCAGACCUGGCCUUUAGACAGAAAUUAUGUCAUCAUUACUUAGAUUAGAGCUCAAACCCAAAAAAAUUCUUCAAAUCCAUUUAGGGUUCGCAUAUUUCUCUUUCUUUCUUACUCAUUUGGAAUUGAAACGAUAAAUACGUUUAUACGCUCACGUAGUUCCUUCGAAAACCAUACCCGAUUCCAGACCAAAAUGCAGGGCAAAAUCUAUACCCGUUUUCAGCCCAAAAACAACAACAACAACAAGAACAACAAUAAUUUUUAUUGUACUCAAAGCAGAAUAUUAUAGUUAUUUACAAGUUGAUAAAUUUAUCAGUUAACUAAAAGGGGUACUGAAUUCCUACAAUAACUAAUAGGUCAGAAAAAUGCCAAGAAGCCAGAGAAACUAUGAGUUAAAAAGGCGCAAAAACCCUACUCGUUGGGGCGGCGGAUACCGAUCAGUGGCUUAUAUAAGGGAAUACCCCCCGAGACACAGAGUUUGCUCGGAAGAAAACCACAUUAUGGGCCCAACGAUACUGCAUACAGAAUACAUUUUAAGUUAUUUCCGUACCAAAGUGGUGGAAAUUGCACAAUAUCUUUGAUUUUUUACAGCCAAACUUUCAUACGCGACCACUUCUCAACUUCUCGUUAGCGAAUACCUCCGACAAUCCACCACCUAUUCAAAACACCAAUGCAAAAUUUUCCCACUCAGAGCCUUGUAGUUGGAACCUCGUGAACGACCAUCACCUUUGGUGAGCGACCACGACCACUUUUUGGGGUUGCGGGUUUACAAUGUUUGACGGUGUUUAUAUUAAACUACAUGCAUUCAAUAAACUUGCUCUUCAUGAUCUCUAUAUUCGCGGUAUCAUGUACUACGCUACCAAGAGUAUGUAAAACACUCGCCUUUUUCUAGCUUAGUAUUAGAAAUAUUGUCUUUCACUGUCUAUUUCUUGGGAAAAAGGCGAUCAUUAUUACAUCCAAAAACGGCACAACGAUCUUUUUCCCAUUACAAUCUUAUUCUGACAAAACUUUGCUAGAAAAGGCCCCGAAAAAAGCUCGUAAAUACAAACGAAAUGUGCUCAUGCCCUCUGGGCAUCCUAGAAUAGUCCUUAAAUCAAAUUAAUUCAAUAUGGCCGCCGUAUCGGUAAAAAAAAGGUCUAUUGAGCUUAGCUGUUCUUAUGUAUGGUCAUGAUAGGAUUACCAAAACCAAGCCACUUUUGGAGGAAUUUCCGUCAUUGAUGCUCUAAAUCAGGAAAAAAAUUCUAUUGGUUUUGAAACAAGGGCUUCAUAUCACCGCCCCUUUAAACGGACUCUUGAACUUAAAACGGGCAUAUAGUAGUGAUCUUCUGCUUUGGUUUGCAGGACACGCCAUCAAGUGCUACCAGUGUAAGUCACCAAAGAGUUGGGAUACCUGUGUUCCUGGAAACAAUACGGCAUGUGCUUCGCCCCUAGACAGCUGCGUGAAAUUCAAAAUAGAAGGAGAACUGGGAGGCCUAAACGUGAAGUAUUUCUACAAAGGAUGCGCCUUAAAAACGAGUUGCAACCAGGACGGUUGCAAGGUUGUUGAACAGAGUCUGAAAAUGAAGUUGACAACUUGCGAUGUUGACUGUUGCGAGACCGACCUAUGCAAUGGAGCCAAAUUACCAAUGGUCAGCAGCUUCCUGUUCUUGGCAUGCGCUCUAGUAGCUAAUUUCCGUUAA